CCACGUAUGCAAACAGGAACAUGGCUACCGGCUGUUAACAUCGGCAAUCUCCGCUGUGUCUCACAGAGUCUGUGUCAUCCCGACAUCUGCUGUGCUCCACGACAGAAGGAAGGACUUUGUAGAGUUUAUCAGCGGAGCUCACGGACCCUUAAAAACCAACGUCUUAGUUCAUCAGUCACAGUCAGUUUGUCAUCAUGGCGAGUCCAAGGACCAGAAGAGUACUUAAGGAAGUGAGAACCCAGGAUGAGAAUAAUCUGUGUUUUGAGUGUGGGGCUUUCAAUCCUCAGUGGGUUAGUGUCACAUAUGGCAUUUGGAUUUGUCUCGAGUGCUCUGGAAAACAUAGAGGGCUGGGAGUGCAUCUCAGUUUUGUGCGCUCCGUCACCAUGGACAAGUGGAAAGAUAUAGAGCUGGAGAAGAUGAAAGCAGGAGGAAAUGGAAAAUUCCGCUUGUUUCUUGAACUCCAAGAUGAUUAUGACCCCACUUGGACUUUACAGGAGAAAUACAACAGCAAAGCUGCUGCACUGUUUCGGGAUAAGGUGGCAACUCUAGCAGAAGGUAAAGAGUGGUCCAUUGAGACAUCUCCUGCAAGAAACUGGACAUCUCCUCAACCUAAGACCAGCCUUUCAUCUUCUCAUCGUUCUGGAGGACCUGGUCAGAACUCUGCAAACUCUAGCGACAAAGCUUUUGAAGACUGGUUAAGUGAUGAUGUAAACUCUUAUCAGAGUGGAGGAGGUUAUAGUGGAAAUCAGGAGAACCGUUAUGUUGGCUUUGGCAACACAGUGACCCCAGAGAAGAAAGAGGAUGACUUCCUGAACAAUGCCAUGACCUCAAUUUAUUCAGGCUGGAGCAGUUUCACUGUUGGAGCCAGCAAGUUUGCUUCUAUUGCUAAAGAUAAUACAACUAAACUGGCCAACCAAGCAACUUUAAAGUUAAAGGGCUAUAAAGCUCCCCCUGAACCGGCCACUGAGUUAGGACAAACAUUAAAUGAGAAUGUUAUCAAACCUACCCAAGAAAAGGUGAAAGAUGGCAAAUUGCUAGAUGAAAUGGCAGUCAGCAUCACUGGGCUGGCAAACAAGGUUCAGGGAGCUGGUGCAAAGUUGACUAACAUGUUCUCUGGAAAACCGGAAGAUGGGUCUGGUGGAGAGAGCUACCAGAACAUGGAUGCCACUGAGGGAUAUCAGGGCAGUUCUAGCCAGCCUGUGUCAAGGGACUUCUGGGAUACCUUUGGCAGCAACAGCUCCUUGAAAGAGAAGAAAUCUCCCAGCAGUGACAGCUGGACCAUUCCAGAUAAUUCUGCUAAGAAGAGCUCUGACAGUUGGGACAUUUGGGGCUCUGAAGGAGCAUCCAACAACAAACACAGCACAGAGGAGAGCUGGGAGGCCUGGGACAACAACUGGGAGAAUGCGGAUGGUAAGGCGAAGAAGAGUCCUACGAAACCUGCUGAAGAAGCCUGGGAUAAUACAGAGUGGUAGUGACCACACAAACAUGCACCCCCUCCCUCCUCCUCUGGCCCUUCCCCCUGUUUCUCUUUUAUUCCCCACCCCUCUGUUCAUCUCUUUGGCACUUUCAGGGAGAGAGUUGUGAAAUCUUAUUUUCUGUUUAUGUAUUUAAAAUAAAUAUAUUAACACACGAAACAAUCGAUGAAACCCAGGGAUGAGUUAAGCUCAUUAAAAUGAUAUACUUAAAAAAAAAAUACAACUUUAUUGACAGCCAGAGCUGUUUAUUAUUAGUUGCCUUCUUCACAAAGAAACAAGAAUUAUUGAUGUAGAUAAGAUCAAAACUUUCCAUCUGGAUUCCCAAAUCACAGUACUCUUAAUGGUGAAUAAACCUGUGUUAUUAUAGUAUCAUUUGAUUUAAUCAUGGUGGUGAAUAAUUUAUAACACAGAAAAUAUGAUGCAUGAAAGAGAAAAUCUGACAUUGUAAAUAACAAUGGCUGUAAAUAGGAGUAACUGUAAUCCCUCAUAUUUUUGUGUUUAUUCAGAUUAGGCCCCGAGACAUUUUUCACGUUUUGUAAAAUUGAUUUAUGAGAAGCAUUUUUGACAGACUAACGGCCAUUUCAUUCUCAGUGUUCAGUGAAAUUGCUAAAAAGAAAGUCGUUGUUACAAACUGUCUAUUAAUUAAAAUCUGUGGAUAUGUAAAAUAAAAAAAAAAUCUAUUGUGUGACUAAAUGGCCUUCAUAUAAUAUAAUUUUGUUAUUUUCUUGAGACAUUGUUCUGUUAGAAUGUGUCAAGAAGUAAAAAGAGAGGACACUGCAGGAUUCUUGGAAAUGUAUUUUGCCCUAAUUUAUUGCUGCCACGUUACAGCAAAAAUCAAUAAUCACAAAUAUUUUGGACCAUACUGUCUUUAUUUAAUAUAACUAUGAAUCAACCACCAAAACAUUAUGUAGUUAUUGAUCUUAUCAUACCACUUGAAAAGAAAAUAAUAUAAAAUUAGCAUUUUAUUUGUUUACAUCCAUUGCUGAACUUCUUAAAGCCAGAGUGUUUGUGAAUACCAUGCCUCAGCCUGGGGUGGAGUGACCGAGCAUUCGUGGAGUGGUGAAAAAAAAACGAGCACAAGUUUAGUUCCAUCUUGAUUAUAUUAUUUUUCUGAUUUUGGGAACCAAAAUUGCAGUUAAAAAUCUCAUUAAUGGCAUAGCACCUUGCUUUACAUAAUGCACACAAGGUCAAAGAUCAUUUUGGAUCGGAUUUUACUCCAUUUUCAUAAUCUUAAACAGGUGGAAACGGCAUGUAACCCCUCAUGUACAUGUUCAAGCAGACUUCUGAAAAGUUGUGUUUAGAGCACAUUCAACACUGUGUUAUCUUUAUACUGGAAGUAAAUACACAACAGAUUUUUAUUAGGAAAAAAUCAAGCUAAAAAGUUUCCGUAAUAGCUGCUAGUGCGAUUUCUUGCACAAUGACGUGCAUUUGUUUCACUUUUACGAUGUCUGAAUUCAACUGAAAUUUUAUGUAGUUUGCUUUGAGCUCAGAAUGUGCUUUCAUAAAGAUGGGCGCUUAACUUGACAAACUUGAGUUCUCUCACAAACAUUAUGGUUCUCAUUAUUGAACAAAAUAAUUUUGCAAUUUUGUUUUCAAAACACUGGAGUUUUGAAUGAUCUAAAUAUACGUGUAACUCAUUGUAUGUACUGUAUGAAAGUGAAGGGAGUGUUUUAUUAUCUGGUGCAUGUUGGGAGUGUAGACUGCAGAAUGGCAACCUAGCAGCUGAUCUAUGAGAGUUCGUCGUUUGUAUAUUUCAUCUCAUAUGAAAUUGCUUUAUGUAAAGCAUGCAAAUUUCACCCUGGUCACCGGUGUCACGCAUGUCUUCACACUUGGAUUAACAUCUUAAUUAAGGAAUGAUAUUAAUGAGGCUCAUUAUAUGCUGGAUACUUAAGACGGUCAUUGCUCUCAAAUACUUGUUAUGAAUUAAUUUAAUCAACCUCCAGUAGGGCACCUUACAGUUUUAACAGCAGCUGCACUCACGCUGCUUAUCAUUGAUGCAGAUGCAUUAUGAAGCCUCAUUGUUUAAAGUUGGAAUGUAAUCAAUAUGAAAAUAGUUCUUUUUUAAGGUGUCUGGAAACAAUUCAUCCUAAUUUUAGAACAUCUCGUCUCUUUGUGAAAGAGUCGCUGUUUUGUUUCACCCACUGCCUGAACAUAUGUGGGUUAUUCUUCAUGAAUGAUGCACCCAAGUCAAACUCAAGCUGACUACCAUUAAAUAAAUUACAACCUGAGGCUUUGCUUUUAAAAAUUAAAUUGUGUUUUAAACUCUUGGUGGGACUCAAGAUUGGUUAAAAAUAGCAUAAUGCUUUCAUGGGUUUUAAUAAGUGAAGAAUAAAUUCUGGAAAGUUUAUUCCACACCCAUUUUCCUACCUCUAAUAAGUCUUGAGUUUACUGCCUGGUUUUCAUUGAGUUUUUCUUCUUUUUUCAUCAGUCUGUAUUGUUUUGAUGUAGACUUUGUUUCCACUGAUGUUUUUCCCCAUGUGGCUCAUUUUAUGUAUUUGCUAAAAAAGUGUGUGCAACAGCAAAAUGGUAAAUGAACAUACAGUGUUUUUGUAUUUUCAGUGACAGUGCUGUGCUGUCAGAACCAUCACUCCUGUAACAUUUGUUGUGCUGAACCACUGCUGCUGUGUUCAUGUACAGUCAAGUGUUAAAAGCCUUAAACAGCUUUAUUUUGUUUGUGACGAUGUUAGUUUGCUUGUGUCUCAUGCAGUGAGGUGUACAUGUUAGUAAAUGAUUGCUAAAGAUAAACAGUAAAAUUCACCAACCUCAACUUUUUCCUUUAUUACUGAGGCUUUACAGUAUGUUACAAUAUGUUUUUAUUUUUAUUUUUUAUUUUAUACUGACAAAACAAAGCAUAAAUUGUCUUAAAAUGAAAGGAAUGCUUUGUGUUGUCAUAUGUCUUUAAUUUUAAGACAUAUUUUGAGCAGGCACUUGUCUAAAACAUUUAGGCGGUAAAAAGAAAAUAACUAAAAAAGACCAUAGCUGUUUUUAAUCGUGAAUGUCUCAUUGUGGUUGAGGGUAUGCCUGAUUCAUGGACAAACUGCAAAAUAUGUCACCUAAUGAAAUGUAUCUAAAUUUACUAAAUUAUUAUUUAAAAAAUGGUUGUAUUUGUUGCGACCUUAUCUGAUUUAAUGAAAAAACUUUCCCAGAGUGGCAGAUAAACUCUUCUUUGCUUGUAGAAAAUUUGAGAUGUGGUACAUUUCUCUGUCUAUGAAACUGUCAGAAAUGCCAUUUUUGAUGUUAUGCAUGAUGUGUAACGUGGAGCAUAAUACAUGCAGUCGUUUCCUCAGUGAGUUUAAGUGCAGUUGUCUGCUUGCCCCUUGAAGUUUCACCAGCAGCCAUCCUAUGAGGUGAGCCUGUGAUACUGAUCCCAUUGUGGCUGUGGAUAUUAUUUUCCUGUACAUAUGGUUUCUGUGUAAAAUAAACAUUUUGACUGUGA